AUGGCGGACGUUCAGGAACGACUCAAGAAGCUGGGCGCUUCUGCUCGUAUCGGUAUUGGCAAGGGCACUCCCCGGAGGAAGGUGAAGCGCGCCCCCGCGCGGUCUUCCGGCGACGACAAGAAGCUGCAGCAGACGCUCAAGAAGCUCAAUGUCCAGCCCAUCCAGGCCAUCGAGGAGGUCAACAUGUUCAAGAGCGACGGCAACGUCAUCCACUUUGCCGCUCCCAAGGUGCACGCCGCUGUCCCGGCCAACACCUUCGCCAUCUACGGCAACGGCGAAGACAAGGAGCUCACUGAGCUUGUUCCCGGCAUCCUGAACCAGCUCGGGCCCGAUUCUCUCGCCUCGCUCCGCAAGCUGGCCGAGAGCUACCAGAACAUGCAGAAGGGCGAGAAGGAGGCUGACGACGACGAGAUUCCCGACCUUGUGGCUGGCGAGAGCUUCGAGAACAAGGUCGAGUAA